AUGGCGGACCCUAACAAUGUCGCGCAAUAUAAAUACUCGGCGAUGAGUAACUUGGUUCUCCAAGCCGAUCGUCGAUUUAUUACGCGCCCCGGAGAUGAUGCUACAGGUGACCCAGAGUCCCUUGCUGGUCGGAUCAAUAUACGAGAUAUGGGAAACCGAAUCGCUCGCGACGAAGCACCGAAAAAUAAAAAAAUCGCGACAGGGAAUGUUGAUAUUGAACGAGGCGCUAUCGCCGAAGGCGCAGAUGUCUUAGAACGCGAACAACGCAAGAGGAAGCGCGGGGAGCAGGAUCAGCUUCGAGGAGCCGGUAUUCUUUCAGCAGCUGACAUGGUUAUCGAAGGCCUCAAAUAUCGCCCGCGAACACCGGCCACUAGAGCGACCUAUGAUUUGAUUCUCACAAUGACUGCCAAUCAUCUUGGAGAUGUCCCUCAUGAGGUUGUGCGAAGUGCGGCAGAUGCCGUUUUGGAGACGCUGAAGGACGAAAACAUGAAAGACUUCGAUAAGAAAAAGGAAAUCGACGAUUUGCUGGGAUCAACAAUGAACCCUAAAGAAUUCAAUGAGCUCGUCAAUUUGGGCAAAAAGAUCACCGAUUACGACGCGCAGGACGAAGAUGAAGAUAUGGAAGAUGGUGCUGCUGGAGAGAAUGAAGCCGAACUUGAUGAGAGACAAGGUGUUGCAGUCGUUUUUGAUGAAUCAGACGAAGAAGAGGGUGCUCUCCGACGCAUUGAUGAGGUACGCGAUGAUGAUGAAUCCGAUGAAGACGCCUCUGAUAUCGAGGAUCGACCUGGUGCCGAAGAAGCUGCCACAGCUGGUGGCGCUGCUACGGACAAGACUGGCCUUGAUGAAGACGAAGAUAUGAUCUUAGACAGUGGCGGACUGACAGGCGCCAAAGUGGCCGCUGCGUCAAAAAAUCUUGUCCCAGUUCGUGACAUCGAUGCUUAUUGGCUACAACGACAACUGCGCGCGAUCUUCCAGGAUGAGCAUCAAACAACUGAGGCGGCCCGAUCAGCUUUAGAUAUUCUCGAUGGCAAGACUGAUGAAGGAGGCGAGCGACAAAUUCGUGACAUUGAAAACGAUUUGAUGGAAUUGUUCGACUACGAUCACCCAGAUCUGGUUACGACACUGGUUAGAAACCGAGACAGAAUUGUAUGGGUUACCAAAUGGCGAAGGGUUGCAGAGGACAAUGACGCCCGUCUUCUUGUGGAGAGUGAGAUGGUAGAAGCAGGCCACCGUGACAUACUGGAUCAGAUUCUUGGACGAACCGGUACUGCAGAAGAAGGUCAGCGACCGGGAAAAAAGAUUAAGAUGGAUUUAAUGGAUCUUGAUCUUCCAGCUGCCCCAGAUGGAGCCCAACCAACAGAAGCCAAGCCUCCACCGGGCGGCCUGUUGCCAACUCGUCUGAUUAACCUCGAAUCUUUGAAAUUUGACCAAGGAAAUCACUUGAUGACUAACCCCAAUGUCAAACUUCCUCAAGGCUCCACGAAGAGAACUUUCAAGGGAUACGAAGAAAUACAUGUGCCACCUCCCAAAUCAAGGCGCGAUCCUGGAGAAAAGAAUCUUCCCACGACCGAGCUCCCAGAUUGGGCCCGAGUGGGCUUUGGCUCAUCCAAAGAACUUAAUCGAAUUCAGACCAAGUGUUACCCUACUGCCUUCCACGAUGAUGGCAAUAUGCUUGUCUGCGCUCCCACUGGUUCUGGAAAGACCAACGUCGCUAUGCUAACAAUGCUCCGUGAAAUUGGCAAGAACCGCAACCCGGAGACUGGAGAAAUCAUGCUGGAUGACUUCAAGAUCGUGUACAUCGCCCCACUGAAAGCUUUAGUCCAAGAACAGGUCGGCAACUUCAGCAAACGUUUAGAGCCGUACGGUAUUCGCGUAUCCGAGUUGACUGGUGAUCGCCAACUGACGAAACAGCAAAUUGCUGACACUCAAGUCAUUGUUACUACCCCUGAGAAGUGGGAUAUCAUCACUCGGAAAGCAACCGAUUCCAGCUAUACGAAGCUUGUUCGCCUCCUCAUCAUUGACGAAAUUCAUCUUUUGCACGAUGACCGUGGACCGGUGUUGGAAGCUAUUGUGAGCAGGACUCUACGUCAAAGCGAAACCACGGACGAGCCGACCCGAAUUGUCGGGCUAUCUGCAACACUCCCUAACUACAGGGAUGUGGCUAGUUUCUUACGCGUGGACGCUACAAAAGCUUUAUUCCAUUUCGAUGGCUCUUAUCGCCCCUGCCCAUUGAGGCAAGAGUUCAUCGGCGUUACUGACAAAAAGGCGAUCAAGCAAUUGAAAACAAUGAAUGACGUUUGCUAUAACAAAGUCUUGGAGAACUGCGCCAAAGGUCAUCAGAUGCUUAUAUUCGUGCAUUCCCGCAAAGAGACAGCCAAAACCGCUCGGUAUAUCAGAGACAAGUCUAUCGAAAUGGAAACAAUCGGCCAAAUUUUGCGCAGCGAUGCAGCAAGCCGGGCGAUUCUUGCCGAAGAAGCUGAGAAUGUUGACGAUGCUGCUCUCAAAGAUAUCCUCCCUUACGGGUUUGGUAUUCAUCAUGCUGGCCUUUCUUUGGCUGACAGAGAUUCGGUAGCAAGUUUGUUCAGUGAUGGCAGUAUUCAAGUCCUUGUCUGUACGGCCACGUUGGCCUGGGGCGUCAAUCUUCCUGCUCAUACGGUUCUUAUCAAAGGAACCCAAGUCUACUCUCCAGAGCAUGGAUCUUUCGUUCAGCUAAGCCCUCAGGACACCCUGCAAAUGUUGGGCAGAGCGGGUCGUCCGCAGUAUGACACCGAAGGUCUAGGUACCAUCAUCACCACUCAAAAUGAGUUGCAAUUCUAUCUUUCUCUUCUUAACCAACAGCUUCCAAUCGAAAGUCAGUUGAUCAGCAAACUUGCCGACAACUUAAAUGCCGAGGUCGUACUUGGCAACAUUCGCAACCGUAACGACGGGAUGGAAUGGCUCGGAUACACAUAUCUUUACGUUCGAAUGCUUCGAUCACCUGGGUUAUACAGUGUCGGUGCUGAUUACGCCGAAGAUGAUGUUCUGGAGCAAAAGCGUAUUGAUCUUAUUCAUUCUGCUGCCAUUUUACUGGAAAAAGCUGGCUUGGUCAAAUAUGACAAAAAGACUGGCAAGCUCCAGUCCACUGAACUAGGACGAGUCGCCUCUCAUUAUUAUAUUAGCCAUACCUCUAUGCAGAUAUAUAACCACCACCUUCAACCAGGUAUCAGCACAGUGGAACUGUUCAGGAUAUUUUCGCUAAGUGAAGAAUUCAAGUACAUCCCAGUUCGCCAAGACGAGAAAUUAGAACUCGCUAAGCUACUGGGUCGGGUGCCUGUACCUGUCAAAGAAGGCAUUGAGGAACCUCACGCCAAGAUUAAUGUGCUUCUCCAAGCUUAUAUUUCUCGACUGAAGCUUGAAGGCCUGGCCUUGAUGGCGGACAUGGUUUACGUAACACAAUCAGCCGGUCGGCUACUCCGGGCUAUAUUCGAAAUCAGUCUCAAGAAGGGUUGGUCGUCUGUUGCUAAAACUGCCCUGAACCUGUGCAAAAUGGCAGAGAAACGAAUGUGGCCGACAAUGACUCCCUUGCGCCAGUUCCCUUCAUGCCCACGCGACAUAAUGCAAAAAGCGGAGAGAAUUGACGUACCAUGGCCAAGCUAUUUUGAUCUUGACCCUCCACGCAUGGGUGAGCUCCUUGGUAUGCCCAAAGCUGGUCGAAUUGUGUGCGACCUAGUUUCUAAAUUCCCACGUCUCGAAGUGCAAGCUCAAGUACAGCCGAUGACUAGAUCACUGCUCCGUGUUGAGCUCACCAUCACCCCUAACUUCGUUUGGGACGACUCGAUACACGGAGCUGCAGAAAGCUUCUGGGUUCUAGUUGAGGACUGCGACGGAGAGGAAAUUCUUUUCCACGACCAAUUUAUGCUCCGCCGUGAAUAUACUCAGGGAGAGGUGACUGACCAUAUUAUGGAAUUCACUGUUCCCAUCUCCGAUCCUAUACCUCCUCACUACUUCCUCCAUAUAACCUCUGAUCGAUGGAUGCACUCCGAGACCAAGGUGGCAGUCUCAUUCCAGAAGCUCAUUCUUCCCGAGCGAUUCCCUCCUCACACGCCUCUGCUUGACAUCCAACGAGUACCCGUUCAAGCAUUGAAACGUGACGACUUUAAAAGUCUCUAUCCAUGGCAAACUUUCAACCGAAUUCAAAGCCAGGCUUUUAAGACAUUGUUUGAAUCCGACGAGGCAGUUUUCCUUGCCGCCCCAGUCAGCAGCGGAAAAACAGUAUGUGCCGAGCUAGCCCUUUUACGUCAUUGGGGACAAGGCAAUUCUGGUCGUGCAGUCUAUGUGGCCCCAUUCCAGGAACUUGUAGACCAGCGGUUCAAUGACUGGAAUAAGCGACUGAGUCCUGUUGCUGGCGGUAAGACUGUUGUUAAAUUAACAGGAGAAACGACUGCGGAUCUGAAAUUAUUGGAGUCUGCAGAUCUGGUGUUGGCGACACCUGUUCAAUGGGAUGUCCUGUCCCGUCAAUGGCAAAGGAGAAAGAACGUUCAAACAGUUCAGCUUUUCAUCGCGGAUGAGCUUCAUCUCGUCGGUGGACAUCUGGGCUACACAUAUGAAAUUGUUGUCAGCAGGAUGCAAUUUAUCAAGUUGCAAACAGAGAGCGAUAUGAGGUUGAUCGGUUUGAGUGUGCCGCUAUCAAAUGCUCGCGACAUUGGCGAAUGGAUUGGGGCUAAUCGCCAUUUUAUCUACAAUUUCAGCCCAAGCUCACGACCCAUUCCCUUGGAAUUACAUAUCCAGUCGUACACUAUACCUCACUUUCCCUCACUCAUGAUGGCUAUGGCAAAACCUGUUUAUCACGCGAUAGCUCAUCAGCUUUCACCUGAUAAACCGGCACUUGUAUUCGUCCCGAGCCGUAAACAAGUCCGGUCUACCGCCAUCGACAUUUUGGCUGCCUGUGUCGCAGAUGACAACGAAGAUCGCUUUCUCCACGCUGAUGUCGAUGAAAUUGCUCCUCUACUUGAAAGACUGCACGAAAGGACGCUAGCCGAGUCUAUCUCCCAUGGCGUUGGUUACUACCACGAAGCUCUGAGCACCAAUGACAAACGUAUCGUUUCGCACCUAUUCAGUAUAGGAGCUAUUCAAGUCAUGUUGGCUUCUCGAGAUGUUUGCUGGGAGAUUGACUUUACUGCUCACUUGGUUAUUGUCAUGGGAACUCAAUUCUUUGAAGGCAGAGAGCAUCGCUACAUUGAUUAUCCAAUUAGCGAAAUCCUUCAAAUGUUUGGAAAGGCUUCGCGCCCUGGACAGGACAAAAUCGGACGCGGUUUGUUAAUGGUGUCCGAGACCAAGCGGCCUUACUAUAAGAGAUUCUUGGCCGAAGCUUUGCCUCUCGAAUCAGGUCUUGCUUUGGCCCUUCACGACGCCUUUGUAACCGAAGUCAGCACCAAGACGAUUGGUUCUACCCAGGACGCAGUCGAUUGGAUGACAUAUACCUAUUUCUACCGUCGCCUCCUUGCCAACCCUAGCUUUUACGGUCUUACUGAUGUUAGCCACGAGGGAUUGAGCACAUUUUUGUCCGAGCUUGUCGAAAACACGUUGAAAGAACUAUCAGAAGCCAAGAUCAUUGAUCUGGACGAAGAAGAUGAUAGUGUCUCACCAUUGAAUGCUGCCAUGAUCUCUGCAUACUACAAUAUCUCUUUUAUCACUAUGCAGACAUUCUUGCUAUCUCUCUCUGCUCGCACAAAGCUCAAGGGUAUUUUGGAGAUCGUCACAUCUGCGACGGAAUUCGAAUCAAUCCAGAUGCGUAGACACGAGGACCACAUUUUACGACGAGUAUACGAGCGAGUUCCCGUGAAGAUGUCAGAGCCCGCUUAUGACUCGCCGCAUUUCAAGGCCUUCGUGCUGCUCCAAGCCCAUUUUUCACGGAUGCAGCUACCGAUUGACCUUGCCAAAGACCAAGAAGUUAUUGUUGGAAAAGUGCUCAACUUACUUAGUGCAUGUGUGGACGUUUUAUCAUCAGAAGGUCAUCUAAAUGCAAUGAGCGCCAUGGAGAUGUCUCAGAUGGUUGUUCAGUCAAUGUGGGACCGGGAUAGCCCUCUCAAGCAGAUUCCUCACUUUACUCCCGAAGUUAUCAAGGUGGCGAAUGAGUUCAAGAUCAAUGAUAUCUUUGAAUUUAUGGAAGCCAUGGAUCCUUCUGAGAAUAAAGACUACAAUACUCUCAUCAAACGUCUUGGUCUGGACAAUAAACAGCUGGCCCAAGCCGCAGCAUUCACAAAUGACAAAUACCCAAAUAUUGAGCUUGACUUCCAUGUUGAAGACCCUGAAAGCAUCACUGCAGGCGAUCCGGCCUACUUGAAGAUCAAGGUCGAACGCGACAUCGAGGAGGACGAGGAGCCUGAUACCUCUGUCCAUGCACCAUUCUACCCCAACAAGAAAAUGGAAAACUGGUGGUUAGUCGUCGGCGAGGAGAAGACAAAGAGCCUUCUUGCAAUUAAGCGCGUCACGAUUGGUCGCCGACUGGAGACGCGUUUGGAAUAUAUUGUGCCGACCCCUGGUGAACAUGAGUUGACGCUCUACUUAAUGAGUGAUAGUUAUGUUGGUGUGGACCAAGAUCCAACAUUCACCGUCACCGCAGCCGAGGGAAUGGAUGAAGAUGAAAGCGAGGAGGAAGAGGAGUGA